GUGUAAAUGAUUUCCCUAAAUGCUCCAUUUUUGCUGAACAAUAAAAGCCAAAUUGAUUUUGUUUCAAAGCUUUGCUGAAUUUUGUGGGCUUGCUUUCAAAAGGAAAGGAUGUGUUUGGGUGGGGUAUUGUUUAAUUUUUCUAAUUUUUUGAAAAGUGCUACACAACCAGAUCCUGCUAUUUGUGAAGUAGAUUCACGCUGAAAAUAUCCAGUCAGCAUUGAUUAGUAGUGUUGAGUCAGGUUCUUUUCUUUGCAGAAACAAUGUGCACCAUUGUGUGUGUCUAGGCUGAGCCCAGAUUGAAAGUCCUUUUCAAGCCCUGCUCUCAGCAACAUGCCGUGAAAUCAGUAGAUGGGCCAUUUGUGUAAUUAGACCUCAAGGUAGCUGAUGAAGAAGCCAGGAAGGACGUGUGAAGGAGCUGGCUCACAGCUACAGCAGAGCCUGGUAUCAGGGUGGGGAUAGUUCAAAGUGGGGCUGUGAUUGAGCCCUUCUGCCUUCACACAGCUCCGCUUUUCCCAGUACCUCCUGGACCAGCGGUUUGCAGAUUUUAGCCACUUAAUUUCUGAAGGGGCCCUCAAUGUCUAUAGAGAGUUGGAGCUAAACCACAUUUCAUGCCUUCUCGUUGGGAACGCCCCUUCUCAACAAUGGGUCGUUGUCACAGUCCAGACAAUGCUGGUGUCAUGAUGAGAAACAAGUGCCUUGCUAUGUGUGCCAUGGUACAUGCCACUGAGAAAAGCACUUGGUUUAUUCCAGUAAAGCUCACAUUCAAGGGAUAUUGCAGAAAUGUCUAUUCCACAUUAAAAAAAAAAAAAUGUAUGUGGGCCGCUCUGUUUUUGAAAACUUACACAUUUUUUUCCUCUAUUAAAUUGCUUCCUGGCGAUGGAAAUGUCUGGGAAUUUUUUUUUUUUUCCUAUUGCAUAUACUUUCCUUUAGCUUGCAUACCCCUGAGGUAAUUAGUGUAGGUUAAAAUUUACAUAACUGACUUAAGGGUUUUGCAAAUAGGAAAGAUGGAAAUUUAUUCAAGGUGGUGAAUAAUUCAUUUUAAAGCAAGCUUCCUGUUUUUUUAAUCAUGUAGAAGAUGUAUUACAGACUCAUAGAGAUUUUCUGAAUAGGACCUUGAGCACUGAAUUUUUGAUAUAUUUUUUCUUAGUAUAGGUAAAGAAAUAUUAACCAUGACUCAUUGCACUUUUCCUGUUCAAUAAGAUUUGAAUAAACUUAACAAAUUUAUUAGGUAGAUGAUAGAGCUUUUUAAAAAUUAUCAUGACACACUGUGACAAAUAUUUUACUAGGAUCCAGAAGAAAUAGUUUUAAAUCAUAUUCCCAUUGCCACUUCAGAGGAAGAGAUGGAAAACAGUGCAGUUCAUACAGAGAAGCCUGAUUCAUAUUUUCAUUUGAAUAUUCAUUAUUUAAUUAAGAUUAGGAAGAUAAACAAGGGGAUUGGACAGCUGUGGGAGUCUGGUAAUAAAAUAAUUUUUUUAAAAGAAAACUUCUUGUAGGGGGAUAUAGCAUGGGUAAAUGAAGGCAGUAUAGAAGGUAAUCUUAUCCCCCAAUGAGUUGCAGCUGGACCAAUUACUAAAGAUUAGAAGCAGGCCUGACCUUAACAAGCCACACCUGUAGCCAAUAAGCACAAGUGGUAUAAAAGAGUGGAUUGGUGGGAGCUGGAGUCAGAUGACUGCUGCAAGGAUCGGGAGCAGUCAGUGCUUAGAGGAGCUGCCAGCGAGAAACAUCGAGGAGCACAAGAGAGCUUCUCACUGCAAGAAACAAAAGUGGAGAUCCAGGAUUCAUGAACUCUUUCAAAGAGUAGGAAGUCAGCUACUGAAAACAGAGCAGAGUGGAGUUGAAGAAAUGGUAGCCAGCUUUGGUAACAUUACAGAUGCGAAUACUGGAUUAAAUGUAGCAGCAGGACCUCAUGGGAAGGCUGACUGCUCCAAGAUGCCACAGCCACUAGAAAUUCGCCUCAGAUGCCUGAGGGGAGUCAAAGAUAAGGUCCCUGAAGGCCUCUACACUCUCAAAGUUUCUGUCCUCAGCCGCUUAGGUGGUGCCUUGGUGGAGCUGGGGGAGCAGCCUCAGGUGGGGACCACACGGCCUGUUAGUCAUGGUGGAAACUUCUACAACACUGAAAUCUACUUUGGACAAAGCAUCCAGACAGUUCUACCACAUGGAAAAGCUGUGAAACCAGGCAUGGUACUCCUCUUUGAACUCUUCCUUCUUCGUGGCACCUAUACCUGGAUUGAUCGAGAAGUGGGAUGGGGAGCUUUUCCCUUAUGUGAUAACAAUUUUAACGCUUUGGAGGGAAAAUUUAAAUGUCCCUUCCUCAGAGGACAUUAUGACUCCAAAAUUGACCGAUUCAAAAAAAUCGAAAAUUUCAUUUCCCAGGACUUGGAUCAUUGGCUAUGCAAUCUCUACUUUCAGAUAAUUAAACUACCGCAGGAUUCAGAUAAGCAAAAUAAGCAUGGUAUCCAUGUUCAUCUGCCACCUGAACUUCUUAUGUAUUCAAGCACUGCUGAAAAGAAUGGUGUCUCAGAAAAUGUUGUACAGUCUGGACCACAAGGGCAACCUCUGACCUCCCCGAAAGAUCCUGACACCCAUAAGGGAAGUAUUCCCACUGUUGUAAAGGAAGUGGAAAAGCAGUUUAAUGCUGCCAAAGGAGGAGAAGCGUGUGUGUCAGAAGAAGCUGUGAGGAAAAGAGAAGAGCUUAAAAUGCUUCCAGCAGCAAGGCUGUUUGGAAACCCAUUUUUGUGCACUGGGGAAAAAAAAACCGAAGAAGAGAAAUUAAACAAAGAAAACCACAAGAACCAUCUUUACAAAGAAGAUUGCCAAGAUUGCCAUGGCAAUGCAGACAAGCACUGUGGCUCGUUUUGGCUGAAGGAGGUCCAAGAAGAACAUCACAAGGUCAGCAGGAAUAACCCACCUGACCAAUGUUAUGAAUUAAAAUCAGGUCCAGAGAACAAUGCAAGCCAAGAAGAAGGGAAAACAUCUGCAGACAGCAAUUUUUAUUUGGAAGACUUGGAGAAAUAUACUUUUUCUGUGUGCUGCCGCUCUUCUGCUGCUGCUGAUGUGAGACUGUGCAGGCAGGUUGUGGAGCGUUUCCAUUUCGUGGUGUACACGGCCUUUUUAGAGCUGGGAGCCGAACGCUGGCGCUCCAGGGACUUCUGGCUGCUCGCCCUGCUGGUAGUUGUGCUUUGGUUCCUGAGACUUUACCUGCAUUAUUUGAGCCAGUGGCUCUUCCUUCGGAUCAUCUCAGUUCCUGUUGCAAAAUUCCAGCUCCUCCCUCACACUGUGGAACUGUGCUACCAGAACUCCUUGCUGCACACCAGUGAAGAGUUGGCCAUGGUUGUGGUGGGACCCCUAACCUUGAACGCAGGGCUGCUUCUCAUGGUCCUGAUCAGAUGGGGCUGUCAGCAGCUGUUUGAUUCAUUCCCUCCCUUCUUGUCAAAGUUUAUCAUAGCUAUGGGACUAUGGACAGUGCUAGACCCCUUGGCUGUGUUUGUAGUGGAUUCAUUCCUGGGGCGAUUUGGGAACAACGUAGAGAAACCCAUUGCUGAUGCUGCAAAACUCUCCUGGGUGUUUCUAAGAGCAGGGGAGUCAGGAGUUCCUGGUGCCUUAAUCACAGUGAUGCUUUAUACCAUCCUGUUCAUGAUCUCAUCAACAGUGUUGUACCUGUAUCUUUUAAGGCUACAUAGCGAAGGUUGGCUGUUGGAUGUAUUUCGACGUAUCCAUGGUGAGGAAGGCACGUUCUUUGUUCCACUGGACUUGGAGAUUUCCAUUCAGGAGCUGAGCUACAUUAUGAAGAGGGCUGAGCAGUGGAGAGGAAUCAAUGGUGAAAGACGGGUGGUGGCAGUGUCUGAUUACAUCUGGAAGGACCACGCCAGCCAGCCCGGUGGCUCCAGCGGUGACCUCCAGCUCCAGGAUGAAAUCUCUGAUGCUGCAGCCAGCUGGGAAGGAAGCACCACUGUUCACGUCUGUGUCUACACGGUUCACCUCAGCGGCUUCCAGGAGCUCUACAGGCGCUUCCUCAGGCUGCCUGAUGGGGCUAUCAUUGAGGCAUUUGGUGAUGUUGGUGAGGAAAGUCUUUUGUGUAAAGUGAGCACAGAUCAGGAGCAUAAAAAGGAAAAGGACAGUGUGCUGUGUGCAUCUACACUUAUCAAGCUGAGGGAGAGGAAAAAGAGUACAGCAAGGUGGAAAGGAAAUUGCAUUGUCUCUGACAAGAGCUAGUUCCUGCAGUAACACAUGGCCUGUGGAGUUGUUUACAUCGUGAUCCACAUCCAUGGUAUGGCUACUGUCUGAUGGGAUUUAUGUUCCUGAUGGCUGCAUCUCUGCCCAUGUGGCGUUGUCCUGCGAAUGCUCCCUUCGUAGCUCCUCUGUGGCUUCGACAAGCUGUGCAGUGUGGUGAAGUCACAGGAUCAGAUCACAGACUGGAUCAUGAACUCAUCAUUAUUUCAUGUGACUUUUUUUCCCUUCCCAUUGCUAGAUGUCUCAGGUUUGCUUGUUUCUGCCUUCUCAGCUUUGCUUGUACCUGUUAUUAGCUGUGAUGGGGAAAGUGUUGAUGAUUUGUCUUUCAGGUUUCAUGACUAAAACAUUGACAGUUUUCAGUAAUUGUUCAAAACACAAUGCUAUUGUAAUUGCAAGACUGUGAGAAUGCCCAGAAGAGGAGCAAUGAUAACUUCUUCCACCAGUUAAGCAAGUCCCAACAUGCUGCAAAAUUUACAAGAUCCGAUAGAUCAUUUUUUCUGAGGCUUUUGUGGUGGCCAUAUCCUGCUUUCCUGUGAGCUACAGCAGCUUAAAGCAACCUGGAGGUUAUGUUCAUGCUUUCCUAGAAGUAUUAAAGUUAGAACCAGUCAGUUCUCUUUAGUUAGAACCAGUCAGUGCCUAUUCUAUUUGGCUCCAUACAAAUGUAUCAGAAAUUGUCCGUGCCCCAAAGGCAAGAACUAUGAGAGACAACAGAAGAGGGUGGGAAGGGGAGCACAGGCAAGAAAGGUGAAAUCAUUUGAUCAAGGCCAUCUAAGUCAGAGGCAAAUGGAGAAAUACAGGGCAGACUACCAGCAUCCUGGUUCAGUCUUCCCUUUUUGUCCUGAAAACGAAGCUAGAAACUGGAAGAAACUUACCUUACUGCUAUUUUGAAUCGUUUAUGUAGAAUAAUGUAGUCAAGGUAGUAAUCAGUCACAUUUUUCUAGCAUUUUAUGAUUUUCUGGUGUCCCCUUGUUCACUCUGCUAUGGUUAAAGUUUUUCAGAUGUAUUUAUCUUUGUAAGAUCUUAUUCAAUAUCUUGAGCAUCGUUGAUUAAUAGCAUUACUUAAAUCUAUAGUUCUCAUCCACCUGCAUAAACAUUAAAUUACAUUAGGUAGUAACCUAAAGGUUUAAAUGUCACUCCUGAGCACAGCUUUAGUUUGGGAAUACAAGGUAGUGGUUUGGUUUCUACCUCGUUACUUGUUUUUUUCUUUUUUUCCAGUUUAUUUGUGUGUGUGUGCAUAUAUCUGGGACAUUUUAUGACUUAUGCCCAGGCAGAAAUGGUGUUAAAAAACUUCUGAAUAUCUACAAGAAUUGAUGUGAUUUUUGUGGCUUUUAUUGCAUAAGAUAUUACUUGGAUUACUUCUCUCUGUCACAACUGGAAUAAAAUUGCCUUUUAAUGUUUGCUUUGCCUGUUGACACUUUAAACUUUUCCACAUAACUUUGGAAAACAAACUAAAUGAAAAGAAACCACCCAGUAACCUAUUGCAGUGUCUGGGUGCCAGUACCAAUAUGCUUUGGGCAGUAUCUUACUACGUGCAUCUUCCUGGCCUCAGUUUUGCCUUUCAGCAUGAUAAAAUCCCUUUGGCCAAUAUUAUACCCUGAGUUUCUCACCACUGAGUUAAGAUAUCCCAGUCUGGUUCUGUGAGAUUCUAACUUUGGUGUUGGUAAUGCAGUGUUGGAAUUAAGUCUGAUGGUGGGUUGUGGAACCACCAUAGCUUAAAUUCUGAUAGGACUGUGUUGAUUUUUCUGACAAAUGUGUAUCUAGAACUGAAACUUUGUUCAGCGUGAAGGACUUGACUGACCACUUUUAUUCCUCCAGUUAUAUUGGAAUGUCUCCACUGACUUUCAUUUGAUAUAAGAUGUACAAUUUUGUACAUUACUUAUUUGUGAAAGUUGAAUUUAAGGUAUGUUUAAAUAUUAGGCAAAUUUACCUUAUUUUUUUAAUAUAGCAUCCUGCCUAUUAAUUUUGAUUACUUGCAUCUUAUGAGUUCCUAUGUUUGUUGGUCAAUGUGCAGUGGGUGGCAUUGGCAUUGAAAUUGCUUUCUGAAGUGCUCUUAUCAGCAGCAUCAUCCAUAAUGCUCAGUUAUAGCUGGAUAGUAAUUGCCUGUCUAUGCAGUGUUCCUUUGCAACAAUUUUCUCCUGUGUAGCUAUAUAUAUGUAGUCAUUACUGAAAAGUGUAAAUAAAGAAUCCUUUUAGUGGUGUAGUUUCCCUGGGUACCUACUGUGCUCUUAUUAUCUAAAACAUACUCCCCAUCUGUAGUUCUGUUCUAUUAAAGGAUAAAGACAUAACUAUGAAUUAAAAAUUAAAAUGCUUGUUGUAGAUUGGAGAGCAGGAUCUAUUAGAAUAUAUCUGGAGCUAGGCUUCCAGUACAGUAGAUAGAUUACACAGAGCACCAGUUAAGCAAGGGGAUGAAAAAUGAGUGAUUUUCAUCAUUCAGUUAAAUAUAGUGCUAAGUGGUAUGUGCUAGCAUUAAAAGCAAAUUACUUA